CUUAAAGGAAAAAAAAAAAGGGUGGGUCGAUAGAUAGCACGGUGCAAACUGCGCACGGAUUGUUUUCACGCUCCACAAUCACAUCAGGACUGCGCAACGCAAAUGAAUGGAGGCUGGAGGCAGCUAGGAAAGUUUGAGAAGUGGUGCGGUGGAAAUAGUUUAGAGAGGACCACUGCUCUGGGUUGGAGAUGGAUGGGCCAGGUACCUUUGAGACAACUCUGGAAAAUUGAUACAUGAUCGCUUUUUGGAGUCGGAGGCUUUUUUUUCCCUCUGUUUUUUUUUAACGAGUAACAGAUGCUUUAAGGAAAGUCCAUUCACAGAUCCAGAGAGAGAGAGAGAGCGCGCGCACAGGAGGAGUGGAGCUGUGUUUAGGAAACAGAUCACUAACUCUGGGAUGUGAUCGACUGGAUUUAUUGGGAACUCAGGAAGACUCUUCAGACUAGUGGGUUAUUUGAAGCAGUGGAUGUUGUAGCAGAGCUUCACUUCAGCCAUGGGGAAUUUGGAAAGUGUGGAUGGACAGAGUGAGAUGAAGCAUCACAUCAUGCCACUGAAGGUGCCAAUGCCGGAGCCUGCUGAGCUCGAGGAGCGCUUUGCGCUUGUUCUGAGCUCGAUGAACCUUCCUCCGGACAAAGCACGCCUCCUCCGCCAGUACGACAACGAGAAGAAGUGGGACCUCAUCUGUGACCAGGAGCGCUUCCAAGUGAAGAACCCCCCACACACGUACAUUCAGAAACUGAGGGGCUUUUUAGAUCCAGGAGUCACACGCAAGAAAUUCCGCAGGCGGGUUCAGGAAUCCACGAAAGUUCUGAGGGAACUGGAGAUAUCGCUGAGGACCAAUCACAUCGGGUGGGUGCGCGAGUUCCUAAAUGAUGAGAACAGGGGACUGGACAUUCUGGUGGAAUACCUCUCCUUUGCCCAGUGCGCUGUCACGUUGGAUUUUGAUGGUCUGGAGAAUGGGGAGGACGGCUCACUGGACAAAUCCAACUCCUGGAGCAGGUCCAUUGAGGAUCUGCACCAGAACGGUUUCAGUACACUGGUGCGCUCAGUGCGCCACUCGGUCCCUCGGUAUAGUUCCACAGCAAACAGCAAAACCAUCAAAAACUCCAGGAUAGUGAGUCAGAAGGAUGACGUGCAUGUGUGCAUCAUGUGUCUCCGAGCAAUCAUGAACUAUCAGUACGGUUUCAACAUGGUCAUGUCCCACGCGCAUGCGGUUAAUGAAAUCGCCCUGAGCAUGAACAAUAAGAACUCACGGACAAAAGCAUUGGUCCUGGAGCUUCUGGCUGCUGUGUGUCUGGUGCGUGGGGGCCAUGAGAUCAUCCUCUCAGCGUUUGAUAACUUCAAAGAGGUGUGCAAGGAAAAGCACCGGUUUGAAAAGCUGAUGGAGUACUUCCGCUGUGAAGAUGGAAACAUUGAUUUCAUGGUGGCCUGCAUGCAGUUCAUCAACAUUGUGGUCCAUUCUGUAGAGGACAUGAACUUCCGUGUGCAUCUGCAGUAUGAAUUCACUAAACUGGGUCUGGAUGAUUUCCUUGAGAAAUCCAAGCACACAGAGAGCGAUAAGCUGUCGGUGCAGAUCCAGGCCUACUUGGACAACGUGUUCGACGUGGGAGGACUUCUGGAGGACGCAGAGACUAAGAAUGUGGCUCUGGAGAAAGUGGAGGAAUUGGAGGACCAUCUGUCUCAUGUGACCGAGAAGCUUCUGGAAGUAGAGAAUGAGACGGUGAUGAAAGUCGCUGAUCUGGAGAAGCAACUCCUACAGAAAGACAAGGAUCUUGCAGCCAUUCGGGAGACGUAUGAAUCGACGAACUCUCAGGUGCGCACACUUCGACGUGUUAUACAAGAGAAGGACGCCGCCUUCCAGAGACACACUAACAUUGAAAAGCGGCUGCUGGAGCUCGAGCAGCAGGGAACUAUCCGCCUAAGGAAACAGCCUGACGGAGACAUUGCAAUCGAAGCCCUGGGUGGAGGAGGAGGAGGAGGAGGAGGAAGAGCAGGAGGGCCUAUAGACAUUAUGACUGGAGCUCCUCUUGGGGAUCUGAGCUCAGGCAGCAGCAUCCUUGGUGUUAGUUUGCCCGCUGCUACUGUGGAAACGCCCGCACCACCUCCUCCGCCACCUCCACCUCCACCACCUCCACCUCUCCCAACAGCAGCAGAGUGUCUACCUCCUCCACCCCCACCUUUGGCUCCUCCACUUCCUGGAUCUUCACCUUCAGUCAUCCUCAGUGUUGGUUUAUCAGCCAUCCGAAUCAAGAAGCCCAUAAAGACCAAGUUCCGUCUUCCUAUAUUUAACUGGACUGCUCUGAAGCCCAACCAGAUCAAUGGCACUGUCUUCAACGAGAUUGAUGAUGAGCGAGUGCUUGAGGAGCUGGACCUGGAGAAGUUUGAGGAGCUCUUUAAGACUAAAGCACAGGGUGCUGUGGUUGAUCUGUCCUGUACAAAGAGCAAAACCUCCAGUAAGGCCAUGAACAAAGUUCAGCUGCUCGAUGCUAAUCGCUCCAAGAACCUGGCCAUCACACUACGCAAGGCCAACAAGAGCACAGAGGAGAUCUGCAGAGCCAUCCAAACGUUUGAUCUCAAGGCCCUGCCGGUGGACUUUGUGGAAUGUCUGAUGCGUUUCCUGCCCACGGAGGCAGAGAGUAAGCUGCUGCGUCAGUACGAGAAGGAACGGCGGCCUCUGGAGCAGCUGGCUGAGGAAGACCGCUUCAUGCUCCUCUUCAGCAAGAUUGAGCGCCUGACACAGAGGAUGAGCAUCAUCACUUUCGUGGGGAACUUCAAUGACAACAUUGGCAUGCUUACCCCGCAACUCAAUGCCAUCAUUGCUGCUUCAGCCUCUGUGAAGUCUUCUCCAAAGCUGAAAAGAAUGCUUGAGAUUAUCCUGGCCUUGGGUAACUACAUGAACAGUAGUAAAAGAGGCUCGGUCUAUGGUUUCAAGCUCCAAAGUUUGGAUCUGCUGCUGGACACAAAGUCUACCGACCGCAAGAUGACGUUACUUCACUACAUCGCUCUGAUAGUGAGGGAGAAAUACCCAGAGCUCGCUAACUUCUACAACGAGUUGCACUUUGUGGACAAAGCCGCAGCAGUGUCCUUGGAGAAUGUGCUGCUGGAUGUGAAGGAGCUGGGAAAAGGAAUGGAGCUGAUCAGAAGAGAGUGCAGUCUGCAUGAUCACGCCGUACUCAAGGGUUUCCUGCAGGCCAGCGACCCGCAACUGGACAAGCUGCAGAAAGACGCCAAGACCGCUGAGGAGGCUUUCAACACUGUGGUCAUGUACUUUGGUGAGAGUCCCAAGACAACUCCUCCGUCUGUGUUCUUCCCCGUGUUCGUGCGCUUCAUCAAAGCCUACAAAGAUGCGGUUGAGGAAAACGAACAGAGGAAGAAACAGGAGGAAGCUAUGAGGGAGAAACUGCUUGCUCAGGAGGCCAAACAGCAUGACCCAAAGGUGCAAGCUCAGAAGAAGAGGCAGCAGCAGCAUGAGCUCAUCGCCGAGCUGAGACGGCGACAGGCCAAAGACCACCGUCCGGUCUACGAGGGCAAAGACGGAACCAUCGAGGACAUCAUCACAGUGCUGAAGAGUGUGCCGUUCACAGCGCGCACGGCCAAGCGGGGCUCGCGCUUCUUCUGUGACACCAACCUGUACGACGAGUCCAACUGCUAGCCCCUCCCUAAGUUCCCUCUCAAAACCUGUCCCUAAUUCAGAAGAUCUCCGAAGCCAGCCGUUCCUGCGAGCUGACGCGGUGAUCCGAAACGGGUGGAAGCGACCCUAAAGACCCUCCCUGACCCCUCUCCACCCUGCGCUUAUCUCCCUGCACCUCACAGUGACGGCGUGUAGGACAGGACCAAAGCAAACGUCGUCGGUUUUAUAAGCGGGUGGGCGAGUCCUUUAUUUAUUUAUGGAAAUCCUUUUUGGAUCGGAGGAGUCUCUUGUUUCUCUCCCUGUCUCUCAGCAAAGCUACAAAAGCACAGACGUUUAAAAAAAAAAAAGUUCCCACCCUUUCCUUUACUCACACACGUAUCCAAACACAACGCAUCAGUGUGUGGCCUUGUUGUGGGGGGGGGGGGGGGGGAGAGACAUUUCCUGGAGAGUGGUGUGUGAGAGGACACAUCCAUACACACUGCCAGCACAACAUGGGCAUCUUUACGUGUGCAAUCUAUAAACAAAGACUUGCUGAUGGAGAGACACGACCGACACCAUCUACACCUGUAUCCUUACUUCUCCAUGGAGAAUUACAACAGCACGAUUAUUAACACCACUUGGGUUAAGCUCGACAGACCAAAACGUCUUAUUCCAUUUUGUUAAAGAAGUGCCUUUUUCUUUUUUCUUUUUUUUUUUAAAAUGAAAAAAGUCGACAGUAUUAUUUUCUUAAGUAUUUAGCCAGUCUUAUAAUUUUGUACUGAUUGUUUUGCUGUUUUUGUACGUACUGAUCCCCCCCCCCUUUUUUUGGUAUAACAUUAGUUGAAAUACUGUAAAUAGACAGUGCAUUGCGGCGUAUUGUUGGAUUCCGAGGAGAAAGCUUUGCUCUUCAGGACCCGUGUUAUUAUAACAGGCGACUAUGUGCCUUGCAUAGUUAAUACUAAGCUAACAUCAGUUCUCUCCGACUGUAUAUACUGCUGGUAAUUUUUCUUUGCUUGUCAAAGCACUAACGUGCUCCUGAAUGCACCUGGAUGGAUUGAAGCUGCCGGCUGCGUGUUCCACACCCAGGUGGUUAUUUUAUUAAAAAAAGGAAGAGAAAAAAAAAAAAAAAAAAAAGUUAUACAUACUGCAGGGGUGCCAAUAUUUAUAGUUUAGCUAUAGCGUUUACCAUUUUUGAACUCUAAAUGAGACGUGAUGAAAUUUUCUUGCUAGCAGUGUUGGCACCUCUGCAUUCUGUAUCUGCUUUGUGGAGAAACACCUACAGCAUGAACGUGACACUGCAUUCAACUGCCUCUCCAUGCCAAAGAAGCGAAGGAUUAAGAUUUCAGAAAUGUUAACAGCGUUUAAUUGGUUUGUAGGAUUAAUUAUUCUUCUGUAUUUAGUAUUCUGUAAACUUUGUGAGAAUGGCUUCCUUUUGCACUAGCCAGUAAAAUGAUAUGGGGAGAUUAUUCUGAACUAAUACACUAGAUACUGCCCUUUAGAGGCAGGAUUGAAACAUAAGCAACACUAGACCUUGUGCUGUGGGUCGUUCUUAAAUAUUUAAAUGUUGGUUUGUCUGUUUUUUAUUUUAUUUUAUUAUUAUUUUUUUUUACAGAAACUGUAUCAUGUAAAAAAGGUGUAAGUGCUGAAUGUAUAGUCCUGACCUCUCUAUUAAGGAAAUACAGCAUCACUCUAUCAGCUUUAACCGUUCCAUUCGUCAAAGGAAGCACAAAUAAAAACCCGAUGUUCCUGAUUACGAGUGCGUCUGAUAUGAUUCAGGUCAUGAAAAUGGAAAAUGAUUAAAGGAGCGGUUUGUAAUGCUGCUGGUUGGAAUACGAAUUGCACGCUUUAAAGUAAUCCUGCGUUCGACACAAGCUUGAAUUCCCAACCUCCAACUUUUCUUUUUAACCGUGUUUUUCCUCAACCUUGAGGUGGACGUUCAUACGGUCAAGAGUAAAUAAACUCACUACUUUACUUUAAAUGACUUUAAAGUAGUAUUUACUUUAGAUCAAUCAAAGUAAGACACAAUAGUUGGUUAAUUGUACAACACUGACCAUCCGUUUCCUCUGUUUUAAAGUCCCCAUGAAAUCUAAACUGAAGUUCUGUGUCUUUUAGGUGGAUUACGUUAGCCUUAAGGUCAUCUAUUAGCUAGUGUGCUCCUAAACAAUGACGAAAUUGUUUCGCAUUUAGAAGCUAUGUGCAUUCAGAAUUCGCAGGCUCUCUCUACCACGAAUACGGGUCGACAGUUCUGAUGACAUCAUUCUGCACUUCGGCGUCUCGUCAGAUUUUCUGUCCGAUCAAAGGCUCUGUUGAAUUUGACGUGGCCCGCCCCCAACAGUUGCGAUUUUCCCGGCUUUGAGGUAAGUUAAACGCUAUUGGCUAUUUAAAAAGAAAAGAAAAAGGGAGGAGCCAGGUCGAUAUGUCCCGCCGCAACUUCCUGUUUCAGUGGAAAUUAUGUACACUUCACGGGGACCUUAAGAAAGUAAAUGCAUCAUAAACUCCUGAUCAUUAAUGUUCCCCCUCCCCCACCCACCGAGCUCGAAAACGACAGAAUUCCAAGUUCAGACUUCCCGCUCCCGAUUUAAGUCGGACGUAGCGUUUCUACUGCUUUUCAUUUCCUCAGGAGAAAUAUCAGAAUAUUUUUUGGGAAUGAAUCCCAAUUUUCCUGAAGCAUCUUUAAAAUACCCAUGACGACUAUAGGUCUAGAAAGAAGGCGACACGUUACAAACUGCACCUUUAAUCAUCUUUUUUUUUUGUGCCAUAUUUGUUCUCAGCUGCAGAACCAGAAGCCACAUCUCGUUUCUGUACACACUGAUUUUAUUUCAGAAUUCUAACAAUAUCCGUGAACUUUUCGGUAGUUCAUGAAGUUCUCCAGCAAAAAAAAUAGUGAAACGUUACUCUGUCUCUCCAAAAGAAGGGCUGAGCCACCAUGCAUUUCUACUAUAAAAAGCAGUUUAAUUAUUCUGCAUAUAUAAAAAAAAGAAAAGAAAAAACUAAAUUAAAACAAAUAAACAGGAGUACCGAAACGGCUGUAGCUUUGUGUGUAAGCAGUUUAUGUUUUUAAAAAAAAUAAAAUAAAAAGACUUCAGACUUCACUAAAUUACACUGGAUGGUUUUACAAACGAAGCAAAAGGUGGACGCUGAGUGAACACUGUUAACAUGUUACCUGUGUGUGUUACAUGCAUUAGUCUGUGGAGAAGUUCACUUUCCCACAGGUAGCAGCGAGGCAGUGAGUCUGGGCAGGAGGGCAACAGAGUCUACAGUAUAGACUCCACACACACACACACACACACACACACACACACAGCAGAAUGCACUUAGAGCUUUAAAAACAAAAGAAGACACUGCACUGUUAAAGGCAAAUAAACAACAACAACAAAAAAAACCCUAAAUAUAAUAAGACACUUCAGUUCCCAUCGAGUCCAUGAAGUCGUCUGCAGAAGCGCUCCUUUACAAUCCCUUUAACGAUCCUUUCCUCGUUUUUGUCCUUGUGGUCCCGGACCUCCUGGAAGACGCAGCGUCAGGGGAGACGCGCACACUGCUCCGCUGUCCGUUUAUCAGUCUCUUUUUCUUCCCUCAGUCAAACGAAUCAUUUCCUUGGACUACUGACAUACACGCAGGCCACAAACACACACCUUGGAAUGUUCUUGUAAAAAAUAGGCCGUUUUACUUUCAACACAUUUCAUUCAUUCAUCCGUAUCUUCACUCUUUAAAAGCACUCGAAGCGUUGCAUCCUGCGGUCCCUGCGACCUGCUCGUAUUCCCGCGGAUCCGUCGCGCGCUCGUGUUAAAAUGUGUAUUAUGUGUCGAUAGGUAUAAAAUCAAAUUUGUGCAACAAGUAAGACAAUCAUAAGCCUAAUUUAGCGCACACACAUACGCGCAUUCACACCUCUCUCCUCCAGCAGUACCAAUACACAUACGAACAGAUCUGGUACCAUCAUCGGGAUUCGGGAUUGAGCCCGCCCCCUAUUCUCCCUUACCGGUUCACUGACAAAAACAAAACAAAACAAAACAAAAAAACCUUGGCUAUUUCCUCGACUUCUAUACAACCCCCCCC